GUUGAGGACACCAAACUUCAAGAUAGACCAGGAAAAGUGGGAAGCCAUAUUCUCCGUUCUCCGGGAUGUCGCCGGUGAUCGGAGCCGACGUCCCUCUGCUCCAGAGGAGAGACACGCCGACGGAGAGAAGGCUACUGAUAUGCCGGGCGGUGUUCAACGUGUCGACGACUAUCGUCGGUGCCGGAAUCAUGUCCAUUCCGGCUACCCUCAAGGUACUCGGCGUGAUUCCGGCGUUCGUUUUGACGGUGAUCGUGGCCGUGUUGGUGGAUGUAUCCGUAGAUUUCCUGCUCAGGUUCACGCACGCCGGCAGCGCGUCGACUUACGCCGGUUUGAUGAAGGAGAACUUCGGAAAGAUUGGCUCUGUGGCUCUGCAAAUUUGUAUUCUGAUUACUAAUCUCGGUUGCUUAAUCAUGUACCUCAUUAUCAUCGGGGAUGUUCUCUGUGGAAAUGGCUCAGAACACAUGGGCAUUUUGCAAGAAUGGUUUGGCAUUCACUGGUGGAACUCACGAGCUUUCUCCAUCUUUUUGGUUGUAAUCUUUGUUAUGCUUCCUCUCGUUUGUUACCGCCGUGUAGAGUCAUUAUGGUGGAGUUCAGCCAUAGCAGUACUCCUAGCAGUUGUGUUUGUUGGAAUAUGCAUAGGGAUGGCAAUCUAUGCCCUCGUUAAGGGUAAAACCGAGACCCCGAGAAUGCUGCCCGAAUUGGAUGGCAGUGCUUCUUCCUUCAUCCAACUUUUCACAGCUGUUCCUGUAAUUGUUUCAGCCUUCACAUUUCACUUCAAUGUUCAUCCUAUUGGAAUUGAGUUAGGCAAACCUUCUACCAUGGCAACUGCUGUGAAGAUUUCACUAGUACUUUGUGCCGGUCUCUAUUUCAUGAUUGGGAUUUUCGGAUACCUUCUGUUCGGGGAAUCAAUCAAUGCUGAUAUCCUUGUGAACUUCGAUCAGUCUUCAUCUAGUUCCGCGGUUAGUGCAUUGCUGAAUGAUGUUGUCCGGCUGAGCUACGCCGUGCACCUGGUGCUCGUGUUCCCAUUGUUGAACUACUCGCUGAGGGCCACCAUUGAUGAACUCUUGUUCCCCAAGAAGCCGGACUUGGCCACGGACAAGAUCAGAUUCGUGUCUCUGUCUGUGUUCCUGUUAGCCUUGUCCUAUGUUGCUGCUAUGCUUAUUCCUAGCAUAUGGUACAUUUUCCAGUUCAUGGGAUCAACUUCUGCUGUGUGUCUCGCCUUCAUCUUCCCCGGCGCCAUUGCUUUAAGAGAUAUCCAUGGAAUAUCUACUAAAAAGGACAAGAUUAUAGCGACAAUCAUGAUCGUUCAAGCGAUCAUAACUAGCUGUUUAGCUAUUUACACCAAUGUAUACAACUUGUUCAGUGGAACCACUUCAUAGUUUCCUUGUGUUUCCAUGAAAGGAGUGUCUGUGUGUAUCUGUUAUUGUGUGUGUUCUACAAGGGAUUGUUUGGCCAAUUGUGAGAGUUUUGGGAAAUUUCUUGUAAAAAAUAUCCCCUUUAUUGUUUCAAAGAUCAUAUUGAAUAACAAUCCGACCUUAGCUCAGUUGGUAGAGCGGAGGACUGUAGUGGGACACUUCCU